AUGCCGUCGGAGACACCUAUUUUGAAAGGAUUUAUCAACCCGACGUUGAUGCUGGAAGUUGAUUGGUACAUGAGCCAGGGCUAUAUCGAGAAAUACCAUCCCUCUGGCGGUGCAUUGCGCCUAAUGCCCCUAGGCGGAUCCGUCACCCGUGGCGUCGGUUCUUCUCAUGGGACAGGGUAUAGGAAGUUGCUCUUACAAAUGCUCGAGCAGCAGGGUGUCAAUGCUCGAAUGGUGGGCUCGCGCAAAGAUGGACCCAUACCCAAUAAUGAGCACGAGGGCUGGCGCGGUUUCAGAAUCGAUGAGAUCGAAAAGAAGGCCAGGAGGUCAGUGGAAGGACUAUCUCCAGACCUUUUCAUGGUAAAUGCUGGCUCCAAUGAUUGUCUUCAAGACUUUGAAGUCGAAGGGGCUGGAGAGCGCAUGAGUCAAAUGGUCGAUUUUCUUUGGUGGGCAUGCCCCCAGUCAUCGGUCCUGCUCUCUACUUUAAUUGUCAGUGCAGACAAGCAGGUUGAUUCGGUUGUGAGAGCCAUCAAUACGCAGUUCCGCGCAUUAGCGGAAAAGAAGGCAACCGAGCAGAAGAAAAUUAUUCUAGUUGACAUGUACUCAUCGGAAGGACCUGAUGUCCGGGAUCUCGUUGAUGGCAUACAUCCCGAUGAUGAAGGCUAUGACAAGAUGGCGAAACUCUGGUUUCACGGCAUACAGGAAGUUAUCCAUAAGGGGUUCAUUGACACUUCGAAAUAUAAGUUUUGA